ACUUGUCGCACUGUGUUGUUUUUCUCCAUGUUUUGUGUUUAUUCAGACUACUCUUUCGUUGUAUGACGGUAUGGCGUACAUUUUGAAGGGAAAACGUCUGACAGUCCGCUUGUUGCCUACUGGGGCAGCCGCCUCCCCCUCGGUCACAACAAGCGGACGUGAAUGCUAACGAUAGCAAACGUUCGUUUCAAUUUGAACAGGACACAUUUGCAACCGUGUGUUUACUGUUAGCCAUUCUGGGCGCUGCGUCUCCAACUGAAAGUUUAGACUCGGCCUAACGUUUGCGUGUUGCGGUUUGCUAGCUAACUAUUUAAUGGAGAACGGCCAGUGCUCUAAUGUCACUGUGCAGAGGAGCCUCCGUUCACCUGCCCUACAUAACAAACCACGGUCUGCUCGGGGAAGGGGGACAUCGCAAUUAGAGUUAAAUUGAUAAGACUGUAAUAUAACAUAGGUGUUAACCUGUCACGAUGACCGUAAUGUUAGCGUAAAAAUAAUACUAAAUUGCUAACGACCGGAGACGGGCAGCUAACUUGGCUAACUUAGCUCAUAAGCUAACGUUAAAGGUCGGUGGUCUAGCUAACCUUGCCAUUUGACUGCAGUGUGACGCUAUCACAGGUCAAUAUAACGUUUGUUGACACUUCAGCAGCUACCCACCACUGAUUGUGUAGUGUUUAAUCACAAUAAGGUCAAUACUUAAUCAUAAUGAUCGUCCCUUGCUGUUAUGUAUUGCCGCACUCAGCAGCCAAGCAGUGUAACGUUAGCGUCUUUAAACUAUGACUAUUUGCCCCACGUAACAAUGUAUCUGAAAUGGAGAUAACUAGCUGGUUGACUCUGUGCAAAUGGCAUUACGUUGCUACUUUCCAUUUCAGCGGAACAAAUGAGUUGCACGAUGAAGUUGGUAUGUGGGCAGUGCGGUCAUAAGCUAGCUGCCGGGCUAAUGUGAAUACAAGAAACAGCUGGGUUGUAGACACUGGUCAGCCAUAUUUAGCAAUUAUCGAUGGAGCUAGUUUAUCUCAGCUGUUGUCCUUCUGUAUUUAUUAUUUACAGAUAAUGUUACAAUGUGAUAAUAAAUAAUUGGUUUGGAUACUGCAAAACUUUUGAUAUUGCCCCUUUGACGAUGCAAAGGACUAAACCAUAAUAUGAAGACGGGUUCAGCCAAUCAAAUCGCCGCAGCCUCCAUUUGCUCUUCACGUCGGUCCACUAAUCCGCUGCUGCCAUAUAAAACACAUGCACUUGACAGCAAGCGAUCCCCUGUCCGUUGCCCACACAGUUUUAUUUCAACUGCUGGAGUUAGCUUGUCAUUGUUGUUCUGCCAUGGGCACAAAUCCAGGACAUGUUUGCUGUUAUAACUUACCAAUUAACAUUAGGCAGCCGUUGUUCGAAAUGAAUAGGACAACAAUCAACAUGUUGCUUCCUCUUUUAGUAGUUUUACUAAGCCUUGCUGUCAUCCAGUUUCAAAAAGACAUGGUCAUGACCACUUCUUCUGUAAUAAAUUUAUUAUGUUACAUUGCAUUUCAUAACAGGAUAGUUAACUUAUUACACAUAUGCAUACUUGAAAAGGGUUAACUAAGUUGUAAAUGUGCUUCACAUCACAGUCAACCUGUUUAUCACAUUGUAAAAGGGCGCACCACCAUAAUGUGUCAUGAUUGAAACUGCUGCUCAAGAGUUCAUGAUCUCUCAUGAGCCCAUUAGCUUGCUGGUUGUGCCGUUGAAGUAAGACGUAGCCCCAAAAUGGACCACUCCGACUGAGACGCAAACACAUCCUGUGUUUUGCUCAGCAGCUGAGAUCUAUCAGCAGCCUAAGCCAUGCCUGACGUGUAAAAUCCCCUUUUUGCUAAAAGCAAUAAUAUAAAAAAAUAACAUCCUACAUGCCUCCCCAUGUAGAGCCGCUUCGGUGCGUCCUGCUGGAGUGACUAGCCCCUCUUCCCAAGGUUCUGCCUCGUCCUCUCUCUGUUCCCUUCUCAACGACCACCCUACAGUAACUACCCAUCACAAUGCUGCUCCACCUUAGAAUGGCCAACACCUGAGGUCCCAUGCGUCCAGUGAGCACCGAUUCAGACGGUCCUGCUCCUCCUGAAAACCUCUCUUGCCCCUACCCCUUCGUCGGCCCCCUGCCUGCCUCAGAGAUGUCCUUGUUCCAGUCACUGGGUCCAGUACAAAGCUGGCUUGGCCAGGAGCUUGAGAAGUGUGGGAUAGAUGCCAUGAUUUACACCCGCUAUGUCCUCAGCCUCCUCCUGCAUGACAGCUACGACUAUGACCUGCAGGACCAGGAGAAUGACAUCUUCUUGGGCUGGGAGAAGGGAGCUGGGAAAAAAUGGGGCAAGAGUAAGAAGAAAGGAGGGACCGACCUGAGUCUUGAGGAAAUGAAGAAGCAAGCUGCUGUGCAAUGCCUCCGCUCUGCAUCUGAUGAAAACUCUGGAAUUGAGAGCCUGGUUGAAGAGCUUUGCUCUAAACUAAAGGACAUCCAAAACAAACAGAAAGAAGAGAAGCAGAUACAAAAGAAAUCUGAUGGCUCUCAGUCUCCAGAGCGAGCUGAGUCCCCCUCUUCAAAGGACCAGGUGGAAAUGUAUUAUGAAGCCUUUCCUUCCUUGUCAGAGAAACCUGUUUGUCUCCAAGAGAUCAUGACGGUGUGGAACAAGGCUAAGGCCUGCGCAUACUCGAGUUCAUCCUCUGCUGCCCCACAGACCAGCACAGACACCUCUUCCCCAAAAGAUUGCAACAGCGAAGGGGAGGCUGCAAAGGAGCGAAACCUCGGAGCAGGUGGCACCAUCACUACGACGUCCAACGAGAGAGGCCAGCAGCGACGGAGCAAGAAGGAGAAAGAAAAUCGAUACCAUGGUGGUGCAGCAGCAGAGGAGAAAUCUACCGUCCACUCGAAGAGACAGAUGAGACAUAGAUCUGAGGGAAAAAACAGACCCAGAUCCUGGUCCUCUGGCUCUAGUGAGGCGGGCUCAAGCUCAAGCGGGAACCACGGUGACUUGAAGUCAUCCAGAAGCAAGGCAGUUAGAAUAAGGCACAAAUCCAGGGAGGCUGCAAAAAAUAAGAGAACACGCAACAGCGGGCAGGUGAAGCUGCAGGUGAAGGUAAUUGAAAAAGAGGAGCGGAGAAACGCAGGCGGGAGCAGUAGCAGCGCCACUGGAGGCGCUGCCAAACAACCACAGCUUUACAAGAAGGGGAAGAGACCUCUGAAAGAGAUUCGUAGAGAUCCAGGCUGGAAGGAGGCUAAAGAGUCCGGAGUUGAGGCCAGAAACAGAAAGGAAUACAUGGAGGAGCCUCUUUGGUACACUGAGCCCAUCACAGAGUAUUUUGUACCUUGCAGCAGACAAAGCAAGCUGGAAACAAAAUAUCGCAACAAGGUAGACUCUCCUGACGGUUUUGAUUUGUCAACCGACAUGGAGAGGCUGCCAGAGCGAUUCCAGGGAAUCUGCAUUGCCAAUGAGAGCUACCAGAGAGCGUACCUAGCAGCAGGCUCGUUUGUGGAUGGGCACUUUGUGGAAGGGCCUGGCGAAGCAGAAGAUGAAACUGUUGAACUCACUGGGACCUCAUGCUGCCCUCAGCCAGAGGAUAGUAGAGAUUUAGAUGACAAGCAUCUGUCUGAAUUCACUCACUUCUAUGAAGUUGACAUUUAUCAAUCCAUAUUGGAUACUAGUGCCUCAGACUCUAUACAAGAGAGUCGGAUCUUAAGCAUGAUUCGACAAAAAAGCAAAGAGCAAAGAGACGUUGAGGCAGAAUGUUGUUUAGUGUUAGAUGGCCUUGAGCAGCAAGGGAAAAUUGCAAUACGGGCAGAGUCACAAGAAGCUCCAGGAUCAGAUGGAUUCCUAAUGGAGGAUCUUAAAAACAUGGCUCAAGUGUGGGGAUGUUAUUCACCAUCCACUUCAGAAGAUAUAGAUGGAGAAAGCUUCAUAGGAGACUCUCCCGUCCGCCUCUCCCCCCUCCUUGAUAGUGUUUCGUUCACCCUGAGCAAACUAUCUGGAAAUCCGGAAGAGCCAAAUGUCCCUGAAGCCACGAGUGAACCAUCCUGCUUCUCUCUUUUCGAGCUGCAGUAUGAGAGCCCCACGUUCCCUUUUCCCCGCGACUCACUCACCGUCGGUCAUGAAAACAACACAGAUUCUAGUAGCUGUCUCGAGCCACAUUCUAAUAAACAGUCUCGUUUGCUAAUAUGGACCAAAAAUAGUGCCUUUGACGAAACUGAACACUGUUCUAACCUUUCAACAAGAACUUGCAGUCCGUGGUCACAUUCAGAGGAAACUCGUUCAGACAACGAGCAAGGAAAUGUUCCGACAGAGGAUGCUGUUCAAAUUGGCAACGAAGAGAUUGAUUGUAUAAUCCCUCCUCUCUCUGGUACAUAUCUAGAGGAUGAAAUCCUGGAUUUCUUGCAUUCAAACUCUAGCCGAAUAUGCGAGGAGGUCAGUGUUAGCACAGCAUCCAAUAAGACCUUCACCAAAAAAUCUAAAUUGGAGUCCAUUUGUGGUAUAGCAUUGGAAGAGGACGAGAGUAAACAGUAUAGCACUGGCAUGUUUUCGGACGACACAAACCAACACGGUGACGACUACAGCUCAGGGAUAAUAAAGGACAUUUGGACUGCAAUAGGAGAUGACAAAUCUGUAACGGCGAAGCAAGGAGCCGAACAACCAAGCGAGGGCUUGUUCUCAGAUGAGUCCGGCGGUUACUGCUGCAGUCGCCUGGAAGUGCAGGCCAAAGGGGUUCCAAUUCAGGGACCUCAGAAAAAAGCAGUGCAGCGCUCAGAGUAUCACCUUUGGGAGGGCAAGAAGGAAGAACAGGACUUAGCCAAAAACAAACUCUCUAAGGUAGAUGGUGCAGGUGAUUACAUGACUCCGUCCAAGCCCUGGGACCUGAACUCUGACAGGGAGAGCACGUCAUUCAUCCUUGGAGGGGUGUAUGGAGAGUUGAAGACACUAAGUGGGGAUAAGAAUUGGGCUCUUGUGCCGCCAAGUGACACCCAAGAUAGCCUGCUACAGUGUGCCGCUGCGGCUGCAUCUGCUUCCAACUCAGAUAUGCUCACCAUCACCGGCACAGAUGUGUUCAUGAACACUGGCAGCUGCUUUGCCCCCGGGCACCGGCCCCUGUGGAGGCCUCUUGUGUCCUUUGGGCAGAGUGAGCAGGCCAUUAGAGGUGGCGGAGAUGGAUUGAAUAAAGGAUUUUCUUUCAUCUUCCAUGAAGAUUUGCUCGGGUCCUACGGAGGCUUGCGUGGUGAAGAGCAAGGUUUGGAUUACCCAUUCACAUCCUUCAACCUGAACAAUCCGUUCUCCCAAGUCCUCCACGUUGAGUGUUCUUUCGAGCCUGAGGACAUGGCUUCUUUCAGUCCGGGUUUCAAGCCCAAGUCGAUUCUUUGCUCGGACUCAGAGAAUGAAGCUUUCCACCCACGCAUAUAUGGCAUCAACCGUACGCAGUAUAGGGCAAUUCGCAUCUCCCCCAGGACUCAUUUCCGACCAAUAUCGGCCUCAGAGUUGUCUCCCGGUGGAGUGAGUGAUUCCGAGGCCGAGACUGACAAAGAGGAGAUGAGUUUUCCCGUCCUGGCGCCGGUGGACGUCUUCGAUGAUCCUCAGGCGGAUCUCAAACCUCUGGAGGAGGAUGCAGAAUGUGAGGGCCCCUAUUACGGGAAGUCAGAACUGGAAUCUGGUAAAUUCUUACCCAGAUUAAAGAAGUCUGGCAUGGAGAAGAGUGCCCAGACCUCUUUGGAUUCACAGGAGGGCUCCAGUACCCUCUUGCCAAUUGCUGAGCAAGAGAUUUGCUUAGACUGCAAGACUGCAGAAGCCGCAUCAAAUGUAGGCGGACAGACCGACGUCUCUGUCGGCAAGAUUCAAAAGAAGGAAUCUUCAGAAGAAAAGCAGUCCUGCUUCUCUGCACCAGCGGGUCAGAUCCCAAAGUAUGGGAUCGCUUAUGACUUUGUGGGAGAUGUUCCAGAGUUCCCUCUGUUAAAUAUAAGUGGACAGAGAGGAACCGGCAACCAGCAAGACGAGUGCUGGUGGCAGAACACACUCUGUUCCCCCCUUUUCCCUGGAUCGCAGUGUACAGGGAGCAGCAACAUUUGACUACUCCAGUUUUGUUGAGGACUCCUGUCGUAGAGAGGAAAUCCUCCUCUCCUGUUGUGACUGGACCUCUACCAGCAAAGAUUCAGGGUCAUCUCAGAGCUGGAAAAACCUAAUGUAGGCUCAUUUUCUGACACACCCAUCCGAAACCCCCACACAUAACCCCUGUUGGUUUUCAUUUACUAAACCUUGUGUAGUCAACAAUCAGAUCUACAAAAAGUGAGAGAAAAUAGGAAAACUCAAAAAAUAUGUUCUGUCUUUGAGUGACGCCAAGAGCAAACAUGCAUUGUAGGCGUUUUAGGAUUUGUUUCAUUUGGUUCAUCUGUACGCUGAUCCUCAUUCAUGUCUCACAGUUAGGUAGUAGGGACAAUCUUUUGUUCUAUCCUUGUAAGUUUUGUUCCCACCAUCUUUGCUUUUGAGCUAGGAUACUGCUAGUUGCUGGUAUCUGAAUGGUUGUGCAUGUAUGUUCGUCCAGCCAGUCCCACUCCUCUUUUUCUAGUUAAACAUAACGUGUGAAACGACUGCUAUCGCAUACUCUACUUUCCAUCUGGUUUCAGAAAGAUAAUUAUAAGGAUGUUGAGAUUUUUGAGUUGUGUAAGAAUUUCGAGAGUUUAAUUUAAAUAGUUUGUUUGGACGACUUUCUGAAUGUGAAGUAGAGAAUGUGUGCAGCUUUUCUUCUAAAUACCCCUAAAUUCCCCAUGUGUGAAAAGUUAUCAUAAAUGAGUCUGGUUUUUGACUGGUGAUAGUCUUACAAGAGCUAGUAGUAGACAUAGUAUGGUUUGUGAGGCUAGAAUAAAUAAAAAAUCCUUUAAAAACAUAAAAAAACCGGAAAUCAAAUGAGUUAUGUUGGACAAAAUACUAAUCAUCUACUUGAAAUGCAAUGCUGUAAAAGAAUUGGGGGGGAAAAAGAAAAAAAAGUUUGUUUUAGGGUAAAGGCCCAACAUGAUAAGACUACAGCCAUUUCUGCAGACACCUGUGUUGCAAUCGAAUGAAACUUUGUUUUAAUUUUUUUGUAAUUCCUAUGGUACAAAAUAUUGGUGCUAUAAAUAUGUUCCGAAUCUUUUGAUUGCAGUUCCAUGAUAUGGCUGUGAUAAGUAGAUGGCAUAGUUUUUUUGUAGUCCUGACAGUCAGACUCCAUGAAUAUCUUUUUGCCGAAAAAUUGAGAAAAGAAGAAAAGAAAAAAAAAGAUAGCCUGAUGGCAGUUCUUGUUUAAUGUGGCUUGUUUUUUUAUUUUAAGGUAACCUCUUAGUUGUCAGGUCUGCAGCAGAAGCAGAAAUACUUGCAGGUGUUUAAAUCUCAUGUUCAUCUUUUGAGUUAUUUGUCCCCAAACAGAAAGGACAUCGUCCUCAUUGUCUAAUGGUUUAUUGUCCAUUUUGAAACUCAACAAGUGUAUAACCAAGCAAGUGGCGAGCGGAGGUCAAACCAAAAACAUGGCAUAAUUACACUAAGGUACAAAUGCUUUUUUUCCCAUGAGGUGUGUGUUUUUUUUGGUUUACAAUAUAUCUUGUUGAAAUACUGAGUAAUGUCUCACUCUGUUUGAGUGUGUGUGUUUGUGUGUUGGCAACGGAACUUGUGAAGGUUCAGAAUGAGUGGACUUGAACUUUAUCUCAGAGAAACGUGAAUGUAUGCAGACAUACAUUCACAAAAAAUGCAUAUGCAUUAGCGCCCCUUACAUUUGAAAACCCCCUGAACAAAUUGGCAAACCUUCUGACUUUUAUCUUCUUUCGAUUUCAGUUAGAAACUUUACGUAGUGAGGCCAGCAGAAGGGUAACGUUCGUCACAUAAUGAAACUGAAGCACACAACUAUAACCAUCCCUCUGUUAUGGGCAAUUAAAAAUGUGCAGACUUUUGGUAAGUCGCAGGUUGGCAUGGCUUUGUAAAUGGCUUCCUAAUUUUGCAACGAUUGUAUGUACAGGCCAAUGGUUUGCUCAAUCCAAUGCCACUUCAAUUUAAUAAAAAAAGAGCCCCAAGGUACUCCAACUUCAGGGUCUUGUCACCUUUCUUCGACAGUCACCUGACACUCAGGAAUUUUUUAAUAUAAGCAUAAUCUACACUCAGACCUGUGACAGUGCAUCGAUGCAUUAAUGUAAAACCUUUCUUUGAUUGUAGCGCAGAAUUUAUUGACAGGAGUUCCUUCCGCGCAAAACACAGAGGCGACUGUCAUAAACAUAUAGUUUUGGGGAAGAAAAAAAAGCCAUUGUAGGUUGCAUAAGCAAUGUGGAGGGGAAUUCAAAAGUCCUAUGCAAUACCUUGGCGCAUGAAAACAUUAAAGAAUAUACGGAGAAAAGUCAUUCAGCUAAUUUAGCAUGUUGAUAUGUUUUGGGUGAGGGACACCUGAGAGAAAAAACAAACCACGGACUGUCUCUAGAAGUGCAGCAUGCAAACAUCUCACUCGUUUUUGUGUUGGAUUUAAUGAAGAUAUUUUGGUUUAAAAAAUACAAGUGAGGUUAAUUUGAAAGAAUGCUAUGACUGAGUGAAUCUGUGAGUGAAUGUGUGCAAGAAGACACAAAGCACUUAGAUGGGAGGUGAAAGGAAUGCAUCACACCUUUCUCCGGUUAAUUCUUCCAUUUUGAUAGGCCGUGUUUAAAAAACAAAACGUGUGUGACGAGAAAAUGCAUUCAGUGAGGGUAUAUGCAUCUGGAACACUGUGGUCUGAAGGACAUAUCCCGCACUGAAAACUGAACGUUUUCCUCGUCUCUUCAUUCCCACCUAGACGCUCCUUCACCCUCCUCCCUUCCUAUAUUUUCCUGAAUCCCAUCUGUCCUGAGUAGAUGUGUUGUUCUAAUUUCAUAUACACCCUGAGUAAAUUAUUUUGUUUCAUUGUGGAUUUUCUUAACAUCUAAUAAAGGAAUAAACCAAACCUCA